GAAAGAUCUGAGUUGCACUUCGUUUGUGGCUCUUAUAGACAUACUGCCUCCUCAGGAGACACCAUUCUGACUGCUUGCAAAAUCAAUCUACAUGGAAGGCAAGAUGAAUUUGGAGGAAUACUUCAAAAGAAUUGGUCUCCAUGGCUCUUUUGAUAAACUGGAUCUUGCAACACUGAAGUUGAUCCACAAACAGCACGUCAUGUCAAUUCCUUUUGAAAACCUCAGCAUUCACUGUGGUGAGAAGAUCAUCAUGGAUCUUGAGGUCAUUUUCAACAAGAUGGUGAGGAGCAGCCGUGGAGGUUGGUGCCUUGAGAACAACUUCCUGUUUGGCUGGGUGCUGAGAGAAAUGGGCUACGACUCUACAACGUUGGGCUGCAGAAUUUUCAACAAUAUCCUCAAUGAUUUUGACCCCCUUGACGUUCAUCUCAUCAACAAGGUCGUCAUUGAAGGAAAGGCUUAUAUAGCAGAUGUCAGCUAUGGGAUGUCUUAUCAACCGUGGGAGCCCCUGGAGCUCGUCUCUGGAAAGGACCAACCUCAGGCAGCAGGUGUCUUUCGCUUCACAGACAAGGGGGAAAACUGGGUGCUGCAGAAAACUGGUAGAAAGCCAGAGAUCCUCAAUCCAGAGUUUGCCAACUCACGUCUGGUGAACAGGAAGGAAACAGAGCAGAUGUUGUGCUUCACCUUGGUGCCUCGUGAGGUCGAUCAUUUCUUCGAGGUAAACCACAACCUCCAGACAGAUCCUACUUCACUGUUCACCAACAAGUCCAUCUGCUCUUUGCAAACACCAACAGGGUUCAGAUCUCUUAUUGGCUGGACCUACAGUGAGGUCACCUUUAAACCUGAGGAAGGUGUUGAUGUGUUGGACAUGAGAAACAUAAAAGAUGAUGAGAUAGAGCAAAUUCUACAUGAAAAGUUCAAUAUAAAGCUGCAGAACAAACUGCAGCCUGCAAACAACAAAUCAUGGUACACACUCUGAAAUCCUCAUAUUCUGUUUUAAAAUUGUCCUGAAAUUAUGUCUCAACCUGUUUUGAUUUCACGACCGACCAGGUAGAGCAACUUGUUGACGAAUUAUCUAUUUAAAAAAUUAACAUUGCUUGGAAUUUUUUGUACAAUGCUGAUCAUGCUAAAAAUAAUGAAGAUAUGGACAGAUGAGAAAAUAUAUAUCUCAAUUGAUUGACAGAUGAAAAUGUGGCGGAAAUAAAGGACCAGCUCAUCAUGAAUAUUGUUACCUCUAAACACCAUAAAUGUUUAUCGUUAAAGAAGCUUAACGAAGCCUUACACAAUCAUAAAACAACUAACUCUUCAUUUUCCAAAUAGCCUAUCAUGCAUUCAUGUGUUUUGACUUAAAUAAAUAAAAUUAUACUCAAAAGGUUUAGACUGUCUUAUUGAAUGACUGUAUCCACAUCAGUAAUUCAGCCAAAUGUCUAUUGAACUGUCAAGUGCAUUUAAAACGACCUUAAUUAAUAAUU